AUGGGCCCGGACCGGACUCUCUGGACUGGAGACCAGUUGAUACAUAUAGCCAUGGCUGACGAAUGGGAGGAAGAGACUUCUACAACUACCUCAGACACAUCAUUCUUUUCAAGCCAGGCCAACACAGACUCUAAAAAGGAUUUCUGGAACAACAAUGGUGGGGAUUCUGGGCGAGGCCGUGGGGGCAGAGGAGGAAGGAGGGGUGGCUUCAAAUCAUUCAAUGAUGGAGACGAGAAUGGGAACACAGACGAGAGCGGUGGAUGGAACAAAAGUGACAGAGGAGGAUUCCGUGGCAGAGGCGGUAGAGGCCGUGGGUUUGGCAGGACGGACAAUGGAGAUUUUAAUGACAAUGACGGAGACGAAAAUGGCUUCAGAGGCGGACGAGGAGGCAGAGGCCGGGGAGGUGGUGAGCGAGGAGGUCGAGGCGGCGGAGGAUACAGAGGGAACGAUGAAGUUACAUUUUCUCAAGAAGGAGGUGAAGGGAAGAAUGAUGCCGGAGAUGAAGAAAGACCAAGAGUGACGUAUAUUCCUCCCAGCCUCCCUGAGGAUGAGGACACUAUUUUUGCCCAAUACAAAUCUGGAAUAAAUUUUGACAAAUACGACGACAUCAAAGUUGAAGUUAGUGGAUCCAACCCUCCCAAAGCAAUCAUGAGUUUUGAGGAGGCUGCAUUGUGCGAAUCUCUGAAGAAAAAUGUGAGUAAAUCGGGUUAUGUGAAACCCACACCUGUUCAAAAGCAUGGAAUCCCCAUCAUCUCGGCCGGCAGAGACCUGAUGGCCUGUGCCCAGACUGGCUCAGGGAAAACUGCUGCAUUUCUGCUGCCAAUCCUACAGCAGUUUAUGGCAGAUGGAGUAGCUGCCAGUCAGUUCAGUGAGCUACAGGAGCCUGAGGCCAUCAUAGUGGCUCCCACUAGAGAGCUCAUCAACCAGAUCUACCUGGAGGCUCGGAAGUUUGCCCACGGAACAUGUGUGAGACCUGUGGUGGUGUAUGGAGGAGUGAGCACUGGGCACCAGAUCCGAGACCUGUGCAGAGGAUGUAAUGUUCUGUGUGGAACACCAGGGAGACUUUUAGACGUGAUCAACCGGGGAAAAGUUGGACUUUCAAAAGUCAUGUAUUUAAUAUUGGAUGAGGCUGACCGGAUGCUGGACAUGGGCUUUGAGCCAGACAUGCGCCGCCUGGUGGGCUCUCCAGGAAUGCCUGGUAAAGAGGACAGACAGACUCUGAUGUUCAGUGCCACUUACCCUGAGGACAUCCAGAGACUGGCUGCAGACUUCCUCAAAAAAGAUUACUUAUUUCUGGCUGUGGGCAUCGUAGGAGGAGCCUGUACUGAUGUCCAACAGGAGUUUGCUCAGGUCACAAAGUUUUCAAAGAGGGACAAACUCCUGGAAGUUCUAAAAGCAGCAGGAACUGAACGCACCAUGGUCUUUGUGGAGACCAAGAGACAAGCGGACUUCAUAGCUGCCUUUCUCUGCCAAGAGAAGGUUCCCACCACCAGUAUUCAUGGAGACCGGGAGCAGCGAGAGCGGGAGCAGGCGCUGGCAGACUUCCGCUCGGGGAAGUGUCCGGUGCUGGUGGCCACUUCAGUGGCGGCUCGAGGACUGGACAUUCCAGAUGUGCAGCAUGUGGUGAACUUUGACCUCCCCAGCAACAUCGACGAAUAUGUUCACCGUAUCGGGAGGACGGGCCGCUGCGGGAACACGGGCAGAGCAGUUUCAUUCUUUGACCAAGAUAAUGACUGUCAACUGGCCCGUGCUCUCAUCAACAUCCUCUCCAAGGCGAAUCAAGAGGUGCCGUCGUGGUUAGAGGAGAACGCCUUCAGUGGACCGGGCGCCUCAGGACCUGCCAUGAGAGGCUUUGGUGCCACAGACUCCAGGAAGGGCGCCCAGAUCACAUCUUUCCAGGAUAACGGCAGCGCUCAGAGUGCUGCUGCUGAGGAGGAGGACUGGGGCUAG